AUGCGUGAUCUGCUCGAAUGUUUACAAACAAUGCAACACAUGGAAAUUCCUUUAUGGGAACGGUUUUUGUUUGGUACUAUAAUGCUUAUUAUCACUAUUGUCUCGUUGACAUUGAAUAUGCUUCUUGCUGCGGUCGUAUUUCGUGGGAAUCUAGUCAAUAAAUCCGUUCAACCGCACAUAGCAAAUCUAAUAAUCGCUAGUGUAGUAUUUUUGCUACCGAAUUGUUGGCUAUUUCUGCCAACUGUGUUGGGAAGUUUGUAUCCAGCGGAUCCUUACAAUGUUACUCUAGCCACUCCAAACACUCUCGGUUACUUUAUGAUUAUGUUCACAACAGCAACUAUGGCGAUUGAUCGGUUUAUUACAUUCUUUUUACCUUCGGUAAGUAUUUUAAGCUAUAUAAAGGCAUAG